AUGGCGACCUAUGCCGCCGGCUCGCCGGAGGAACUCUCCUCACCUCUCUUGGCCACUUCCGAGAAGGAGGCGCCGCCAAAGCCGACGUCUCCGACUCCGGAGGCGGUGCACGGAGUGGGUGGGCAUCUGGAAAGCAUCCUGAGCGACGACUCCCUCCCGUGGACGCGCCGCAUGUGGAUGGCCUCCCUGGUGGAGGUACGGUUGCUCGUCUACCUGGCGGGGCCAGCCGUCGUGGUCUAUACGCUCAACUUCAUGAUGUUGAUGUCCGCCCAGAUCUUCUCCGGCCACCUCGGCAACCUCGAACUCGCCGCCGCCUCCCUCGGCAACAGCGGAAUCCAGAUCUUCACCUACGGUGUCAUGCUGGGAAUGGGAAGCGCAGUGGAGACUCUCUGCGGACAGGCGUACGGAGCGCAGAAGUAUGAGAUGCUUGGCGUGUACCUGCAGCGCUCGACGGUACUGCUGAUGGCCACCGGCGUCCCACUGGCGGUGAUCUACGCCUUCUCUCGUCCCUUGCUGGUGCUGAUAGGGCAGUCCCCGGAGAUCGCCAAGGCCGCAUCCGUCUACGUCUACGGCCUCAUCCCUCAGAUCUUCGCCUACGCCGCGAACUUCCCCAUCCAAAAGUUCCUGCAGGCGCAGAGCAUCGUGGCGCCGAACGCCUAUAUCUCGGCGGUGACGCUGGUGGUGCACCUGGCGGCGAGCUGGCUGGUGGUCUACAAGCUGGGGAUGGGCCUGCUGGGUGCCUCCCUCGUCCUCAGCAUUUCCUGGUGGAUCAUCGUGGUGGCGCAGUUCGUUUACAUCGCCACCAGCAGCCGGUGCAAGGCCACCUGGACCGGGUUUACCUGUCAAGCCUUCGCCGGGAUGCCGGAGUUCUUUCGGCUCUCGUCCGCCUCCGCUGUCAUGCUCUGCCUGGAGACCUGGUACUUCCAGAUCCUGGUGCUCAUCGCCGGCCUCCUCGAGAACCCCGAGCUCGCUCUUGAUUCCCUCUCCAUUUGCGUGACAAUUAGCGGCUGGGCGUUCAUGAUUUCCAUUGGAUUCAACGCCGCGGCCAGUGUGCGGGUGAGCAACGAGCUGGGCGCCGGGAAUCCCAAAUCUGCAGCGUUCUCAGUGGCGGUGGUGACGGCCAUGUCGUUCAUCUUGUCGGUGAUAGUGGCAAUCAUCAUCCUCGCCCUCCGCGACUACGUCGGCUACGCCUUCACCGAGGGAGAGAUGGUGGGGCGCGCUGUCUCCGACCUCUGUCCCUGGCUCGCCGUCACCAUCAUCCUCAACGGAAUCCAACCCGUUUUAUCUGGCGUCGCCGUUGGAUGCGGAUGGCAAUCUUUUGUGGCCUACGUCAACGUCGGCUGCUACUACAUAGUUGGUAUUCCACUUGGUUCUUUCCUCGGCUUCAAACUUGGUCUAGGAGUCAAGGGGAUUUGGGGAGGUAUGAUGAGUGGUACCUUCAUUCAAACACUCAUCCUGCUCGGGGUCACCUGCCGAACCGAUUGGAACAAAGAGGUGGAAGAGGCUAAGAAGAGAUUGAACAAGUGGGAGGACAAGGAGGCCCUUAGGUCCUAGAAUGAAUGAAUUACCAUUCUCAUGAUUUGAAAUUUUAGCUG